AUGGCGGACCAAACGCCAUCUUGCGCCAACUGCAGGGAGACUGCUGCCGUUAAAGGACUUCAAAACCUCAAAGCUUGCACUAGAUGUAAGACCACUCGGUACUGUGGUCGCGAUUGCCAGAAGGCCGAUUGGAAAGUGCACAAGAAAGUGUGCUCUAGGAUCGCUACUGAGGCUUUUGCCAGAGCCAACACCGACCACACCAGUUCCUACUCAGCGCCUCGCUUGAGAAACCUCGAGCAGCAUGUACCAAACCCAUUCACGCGACUUGAUCAAAACCUGUAUCUACAUGGUCGUCCAGAAACAGAUGUAUACAAGCUUCUCAUCGACUCUUUUCGUAUGCGCCAAGCGGACGAUUUCGAUUACGAGUACAAGACCACGCCGCCCAGCGUCUAUACCGGCGCGCCUUCCAGCACCGAGCCCUUUCUUCAGUACCUCGCCAAAGCAACUACCCAUCCAUCUCUGUUGCCACCAUGGUUUACGGACGACAAAGCUGGAAAAUGCGCUACCUUUGGCAAUAGUGGCGCAUGGAGCGACCUGAGGAAGAAGGUGACGAAGCCGGAAAUUAUCCAACAUUAUGGGGAUGAAAAGAUGCCGAUGCAGCUGCGCAUGCUGGCGGAAGUAGUAUAUGGUACUGGUACAAUGGGGCAAGACGGCUCAGGGAUGCGAAAGCUUAUGAUGCAGGUGGAGAAUGAUGGUUCGGGGAAGGGUCAGGCUAUGAGCCAUAUUGAUAUUAGCCGUUGA